UCAAGUCGAAGGUUGGGAGUCACUGUGGCCCGGCAGCUGAAGGGGAGAGAUUUUCCUGCAUUACUGUGUUGUUUGUGGUGUUGCUGGUGUUGCGUGCUUUGAGUGAGCCAUGGCUGUGGAGAUGAUGAUGGCACCUGACUACAUGAGGGACCCCAGGAAGCACCAUUUCAGCCCCUACAUGGAGAAUGGAGGCACCUCCAUAGCCAUCGCGGGUGACGACUUUGUGAUGAUAGCCAGCGACACUCGGCUGACUCGCGGCUUCAAUAUUCUGUCGAGGAACCAGGAGAAGGUGCUGCGUCUCACCCCCAACACCAUGAUGGCCUCCUCGGGGUGCUGGGCCGAUGUGCUGACACUCUCCAAGGUGUUGCAGGACAGGAUCACUAUGUACUCCCACGAACACAAUGAGAGCAUGCCCACCACCGCCGUGGCCCAGAUGCUGUCCACCAUGCUCUACUGGAGGAGGUUCUUCCCUUACUAUGUGGCAAACAUUCUGGCCGGCCUGGAUGAGCAGGGACGUGGUGUGGUGUACCAUUAUGACCCAGUAGGACACAUGGAACAGCUGACCUUCAGUGCCACGGGAGCCUCAGUGGCACAGAUCCAGCCCCUCCUUGACAACCAGGUGGCGGCACUCAACAUGAAGGGUGCCACUCCACCCAAGAUGACCAAGGACUUGGCACGUCAGCUGAUCCACGACGCCUUCAUCUCGGCAGCGGAGCGUGACAUCAACACCGGUGAUGGCAUCAUCAUCCACACCAUCACCAAGGAGGGCAAGACUGAGGAGAUGGUCAAGCUCAGGCGGGAUUAGGUUAGGUUAGCUCAGGUCAGGUUAGGUCAAUUUGUUAUUUCUUGUGUUCUAUUUUUUUAUUUAUUUAUUUUCUAAUUCUUUUUUUAUUUAUCUAUUUUUGUUUUUCAUGGUGGUUUAAUUUGUUUCAUUAUUGUAUUUACGUUUCAUUUUUUUUUUUUUUUUUUUUUUUUUUUGAUAGGUUUGAUUUGCUUCUCUUAUUUUGUCUUUUUGUUUUUUCUAUAUCAAUUUUUUUCCUUCAUUUUCAUUAUUUUUCUGCUCCUCUUCCUUCAUUUUCUCUCAGUUCCUCUUCAUUCUCUCUCUCUACUCAUUUCUUUCUACUGCUUCUCUUUAUUUUCUUUCCUCUCCACUCCUCUUCAUUCUUUUCUCUCCUCUACUCCUCUUUUCUUCUCUACUCUUCUCAUCUCUACUAUUCAUUUUCUUUCUGCUCUUCUUGUUUAUCUUCUCCAGUUUAAAGUGUGAGAGAGAAAGAGAGAGAGAGAGAGAAAUUACUAACUCUUCUCCUCUUAUAAAAUGUUCAAGCUAGAAAAUCGGCAAUGUAAUGGAGAGUGUGUGUUAAAAUAGCCAAUCUUUCUCUUUUAUUUUGUUUGUUUAUUUUUAUUCUAUUAAUUUCUAUGCUGUGACGUUCUCUUGUGAAGUGAGUCAAUCUUUCCAUCCCGGCCUGCUGCGCUCUGCCUCUCCAUCAGUAAUAUUCUAAGCACUGGCAGUUAGUUGAUAAUGGAAGUUUUCUCAAUAAAUAUAAAGAAAAUGUA